CUCAGGCGUUGUGCUCCUUCCACCGCAUCCCUCCCUUUUUCAACGAUCUCGCGCUCGUCGCGUUCGACGACCACCUCUCCUCCCUGCUCAUCGCCGGCCAUGGCGACGCCCAGGCAUCCCGACAACAUCUAUCCUGGUUCCUCCCCGCCUUCCGACCCUCACGACCCCUUUGCCUCCAGCAACCAGAGGUACUACGACAACGACUCAGACCAGGCUGACCCAUAUCGUCGAAGAGAUACCUACGCUUCCGACAGCAGCGACGCUGCCCUCAAUGAGGACGAUAGAUAUUAUGACAACAACGGGAACUAUGGGCGCUAUGGCAACCCUGACACCGACUCCGACGUGGAUGUCUAUGGUCAGAAGUACGCCCCUUCCGCAGAAUCAUUAGGCCCUCCCCGCAUGGAGUCCUCGACUCCCACAUUCGUUGACUAUGGAGGCCCGCCCGGCGCUAGAGAGCAGUACCCGGCGUGGACGUCCGAGCGCAGCAUCCCUUUGUCAAAGGAGGAGAUUGAAGACAUUUUCCUCGACCUUACGCAGAAGUUUGGCUUCCAGCGGGAUUCGAUGAGAAACAUGUUCGACUUCGUGAUGCAGCUGCUCGACUCUAGAGCCUCACGGAUGUCUCCAGACCAGGCCCUACUAACGCUACACGCUGACUACAUUGGUGGCCAACAUGCUAACUACCGUAAAUGGUACUUCGCCGCUCAGCUCGAUUUGGACGACGCCGUCGGGCAGACGCAGAAUCCCGGGUUGCAGCGCCUCAAAUCCACGAAGCGCCGGGGCGGAAGGGGUGCGGAGAAGUCGUUAAGCUCCGCUAUGGAGCGCUGGCGGCAGGCAAUGAAUAACAUGAGCCAGUAUGACCGCCUGCGGCAGAUUGCGCUGUACCUCCUGUGCUGGGGUGAGGCGGCGCAGGUGCGGUUCAUGCCAGAGUGCUUGUGCUUCAUCUUCAAGUGUGCGGAUGACUACUAUCGUUCGCCAGAAUGCCAGAAUCGGCUGGAUCCUGUGCCGGAGGGGUUGUACUUGCGCGCGGUGAUCAAGCCGUUGUACCGGUUCAUCCGGGACCAAGGGUACGAGGUGGUCGAUGGAAAGUUCGUACGGAGGGAGCGAGAUCACGACAAGAUCAUUGGAUAUGAUGAUGUGAACCAGCUGUUCUGGUAUCCCGAAGGGAUUGCCAGGAUCGUUCUCCAGGACAAGACGCGACUUGUGGAUGUUCCACCAGCACAGCGAUUCAUGAAGUUCGACCGCGUUGACUGGAAUCGUGUCUUCUUCAAGACUUACUACGAGAAGCGCUCAUUCGGUCACCUACUAGUUAACUUCAACCGGAUAUGGGUCAUCCACAUUGCUAUGUAUUGGUUUUACACGGCUUACAACUCGCCUACGGUGUAUGGCGGAGAUAAGUCGGCUGCUAUGUCCUGGUCGGCGACGGCGCUCGGUGGCGCUGUGGCCACGACUAUCAUGAUACUGGCCACAAUCGCGGAAUUCUCGUACAUCCCCACGACUUGGAACAAUACUUCGCACCUCACCCGUCGGUUACUCUUCCUAUUCAUCACCCUUGGUCUCACCGCCGGCCCGACGUUCUAUGUCGCCAUCGCGGUUAACAACAACAGCGGUGGUUCGCUCCCGCUUAUCUUGGGUAUCGUGCAGUUCUUCAUCUCGGUGGUCGCGACGCUCCUGUUCGCGAUUAUGCCCUCUGGACGGAUGUUCGGCGACCGUGUUGCUGGCAAGUCAAGGAAAUACCUGGCCAGCCAGACGUUCACUGCCAGCUACCCCGACCUUCACCUUCAGGCUCGCAUCGCGUCCAUUGCGCUCUGGGUGCUCAUCUUUGGGUGCAAGUUCGUGGAAUCGUACUUUUUCUUGACCACGUCAUUCAGCGUUUCCAUACGCGUCAUGGUCGGGAUGAAGGUUCAGGGAUGCAACGAUCGGUACUUCGGCAACGCCCUCUGUCGCAACCAGGCUGCCUUCACUCUCACUAUCAUGUACAUCAUGGAUCUUGUGCUGUUCUUCCUCGACACUUUCUUGUGGUAUAUUAUCUGGAACACGGUAUUCUCAAUUGCGAGGAGUUUCAUGUUGGGUCUCAGUAUCUGGACGCCUUGGAAGGAUAUCUACACCCGGCUGCCCAAGAGGAUUUACGCGAAGUUGUUAGCCACCGCUGACAUGGAGGUCAAGUACAAACCCAAGGUCCUGGUGUCGCAGAUUUGGAACGCGAUCAUCAUUUCCAUGUACCGCGAGCACCUGCUCUCCAUUGACCACGUCCAGCGGCUGCUGUAUCACCAGAUCGACGCAGGAGGAGAUGGGCGCCGCAGUCUGCGUGCUCCGCCUUUCUUCAUUUCCCAAAGCGACAAGGGCUACAAGGGCGAGUUCUUCCCGAGGGGAAGUGAGGCCGAGCGGCGUAUCUCCUUCUUUGCCCAGUCUUUGACUACGGCCCUUCCGGAGCCCGUACCAGUUGACGCUAUGCCCACAUUCACUGUGUUGACUCCUCACUACAGCGAGAAGAUCCUUUUGUCGCUUCGUGAGAUCAUCCGCGAGGAAGAUCAGACCACGCGUGUCACACUGCUCGAAUACUUGAAGCAGCUACACCCUGUUGAGUGGGACAACUUCGUCAAGGACACCAAAAUCUUGGCCGAGGAAUCCGCGAUGUACAAUGGGCCUAAUCCGUUUGGCGCCGACGAGAAGGGACAGUCGAAGACUGACGACCUUCCGUUCUACUGCAUCGGUUUCAAGAGCGCGGCUCCGGAAUUCACUCUUCGGACUCGUAUAUGGGCGUCGCUCCGUGCGCAGACGCUCUACCGUACAGUCUCCGGCAUGAUGAACUACUCGAAGGCGAUCAAGCUGCUCUACCGGGUGGAGAAUCCGGAAGUCGUUCAGCUGUUCGGUGGCAACACAGACAAACUCGAGAGGGAGCUCGAACGGAUGGCGCGCCGCAAGUUCAAAUUCGUCGUGUCGAUGCAGCGGUACUCGAAGUUCAACAAGGAGGAGCAGGAGAACGCGGAGUUCUUGCUGCGUGCAUACCCGGAUCUCCAGAUUGCUUACCUGGACGAGGAACCCCCGCGGAAGGAAGGCGGCGACCCGCGCCUGUUCUCCGCGCUGAUUGAUGGUCACUCCGACUUCGUUCCUGAGACUGGCAGACGUCGGCCCAAGUUCCGCAUCGAGUUGCCUGGUAAUCCUAUCUUGGGUGACGGUAAAUCGGACAACCAGAACCAUGCGAUCAUCUUCUACCGCGGUGAAUACCUCCAGCUUAUCGAUGCCAACCAGGACAACUACCUCGAGGAAUGUCUCAAGAUCCGUAACGUCCUCGGGGAGUUCGAGGAGUAUUCGGUCUCCACUCAAAGCCCCUAUGCCACAUGGGGUCAGAAGGAGUUCAGGAAGCCCCCGGUUGCCAUUGUCGGUGCACGAGAGUACAUCUUCUCGGAGAACAUUGGUAUUCUUGGUGAUAUCGCUGCUGGAAAGGAACAAACAUUCGGUACCCUGGCUGCUCGUUCAUUGGCUUGGAUUGGCGGCAAGCUUCACUACGGUCACCCUGAUUUCCUGAAUGGUCUCUUCAUGAACACGCGCGGUGGUGUGUCAAAGGCGCAGAAGGGUCUCCACUUGAACGAGGAUAUCUACGCUGGUAUGACCGCCUUUGGUCGCGGUGGCCGUAUCAAGCAUACGGAAUACUACCAGUGCGGUAAAGGACGUGACCUCGGCUUCGGUACGAUUCUCAACUUCCAGACCAAGAUCGGUACUGGUAUGGGCGAGCAAAUGCUUAGUCGAGAGUACUACUACCUGGGUACCCAGCUUCCCAUGGACCGGUUCCUGACUUUCUACUAUGGUCAUCCUGGUUUCCAUAUCAACAACAUGCUGGUUAUCCUAUCCGUGCAGCUCUUCAUUGUGACCAUGGUGUUCUUGGGCACCCUGAACUCCGAGCUCACGAUCUGUCAGUAUACCUCGUCUGGUGGUCUAAUUGGAGGUCAAGGAGGAUGCUACAAUCUCCAUCCCGUCUUCGACUGGAUUGACCGGUGCAUCAUCGGUAUCCUCCUUGUGUUCAUGAUCAACUUCUUGCCACUGUUCCUGCAAGAGCUUGUUGAAAGAGGUACCGGGCGUGCCAUCUUCCGUCUUGGGAAGCAGUUCUUGUCGUUGGCGCCGGUCUUCGAAGUGUUCUCUACCCAGAUCUACACCCAUUCCAUCUUGAGUAACCUGAACUUCGGCGGUGCUCGGUACAUUGCGACUGGUCGUGGUUUCGCCACUUCUAGGAUUUCCUUCAGCAUCCUUCUGUCUCGUUUCGCUGGUCCUAGUAUUUACCUUGGGAUGCGAACCCUGCUAAUGCUGCUCUACGUGACGAUGUCGCUCUGGACGCCUUUCUUGAUCUACUUCUGGAUUUCGACGUUGGCUCUUUGUAUCGCGCCGUUCCUUUUCAAUCCUCAUCAGUUCGCCCUGUCGGACUUCGUGAUCGAUUAUCGGGAAUUCUUGCGGUGGAUGUGCCGAGGCAACUCUCGUUCACACAACAACUCCUGGAUUGGUUACUGCCGCUUGUCUCGCACGAUGAUUACGGGAUACAAGAAGAAGAAAUUGGGUCUUCCAUCAGAGAAGCUCUCCGGUGACGUUCCUCGUGCGGGUUGGAGAGCGGUCAUCAUCUCCGAGAUCGUCUUCCCGAUUGUCAUGGCGGUUCUCUUCGUUAUUGCGUAUAUGUUCGUCAAGUCCUUCCCUGACAGGAACGGUGCCCAACCCCCGAGUCCCUUGAUUCGCAUCGCCGUCGUCUCCCUAGGUCCUAUCGUCUGGAAUGCUGGUGUACUGUUGGUUCUCUUCCUCAUCUCGUUAUUCAUGGGCCCAAUGUUGGAUUCCGUCUUCCCUAAGUUCGGCUCUGUAAUGGCGUUCAUCGCUCAUUUCUUGGGGACUGUCGGUACCAUCGGAGCAUUUGAGUUCUUGUGGUUCCUUGAGUUGUGGAACGCUGCGCACGCCGUCCUGGGUCUGAUCGCUCUCAUUGCCAUCCAGCGCGCCGUCCACAAGGUCUUGAUCUCUGUUUUCCUGUCACGAGAGUUCAAGCACGAUGAGACUAACAGAGCUUGGUGGACGGGUAAGUGGUAUGGGCGUGGCUUGGGCCACCACGCCAUGUCGCAACCGGCUCGCGAGUUCAUCGUCAAGAUCGUGGAGUUGUCGCUCUGGAGUUCAGAUCUUCUCAUUGGGCAUUUCCUCCUUUUCAUGCUUGCACCUGCUGCUCUCAUGCCGUUCAUGGAUAAGAUCCAUGCGACGAUGCUGUUCUGGCUGAGGCCGUCGAAACAAAUUCGUGCCCCCCUGUACUCUAUUAAGCAAAAGAGACAGCGCCGUUGGAUCGUCAUCAAAUACGGCACUGUUUUCGUUGCUGCUCUCACUCUUUUCAUUGCUCUCAUUGCUCUCCCCGCGGCGUUCCGGGAUCGGAUACUCUUCAACUGCUCGGUAUGCAACAGCCUGUAACGACCGACUAGUAUUAUUUCACCAAUAGACUUUCAUCUGUACGCUUUGAUAUCCUUACUACCACCUACUCCGUCGUUAUGAUCAGUUUGGUGCGGACACUUUUCCUACAUCGAUUAGUCGCAAAACGGACGUAUGCCUGUAGUAAUCCCCUUCGCAUAGCAAAAUCUUGAUAUCCUGACCGCACUCCAUCUGGAUGACAAUUUGCAUAAUAAUAUACAUCGUCAUAGAUUAC